GUGAUGAAGUUCGAAUGCGCGUCACCAAGCAGCGCGCACAGCUGAGGAGCUUCCCCGACGCCACGGCACGAGAGAUGGGGAGAUGCGUGGAUCACGGUCACGGGAGGCUUCGAAUGUGACAUUGUUCGUCGUUUGUACUUCCACAGAACGCGUUGCCACCCUUUGUGUGAGCACUGACCGAGCUGAUCUGGAUUCAGAAGACCCAGCAGCAUAUAUCCACCCAUUUCUACAAAGCUUCCUUGCCUGCGUGGACCGUGAAAAACCUCUCGGAUCGGUUUUAGUUUUACUCCAACAGAUCGUGCGUGCGUUUUCAAAACAAAAUUGGAUCCGGGAAAUGUUGGCAUGGCCGCCUCGGGAGCUCAUAAGUGUCCGAAGAGUGAGAAGUUGGACGAGGCGCAGGCUUUGGCCAAGAGCUGCGCGGGGAGACCAGACUUCCUGCCGUGUGAUGGACUCUCCAUCUGCGCGACGCACAGCCACGGGAAGUGCUUCAAGCUGCACUGGUGCUGCCACUUGGGCUGGUGUCACUGUAAGUACGUGUACCAGCCCAUGACCAAUGUGUGCCAGCUGCCCAGCACAGCUGUGCCGCCGGUCGGAUCAGAGUGCAGCGACACCAUGGACCUCUCCGUCUCGCUGGCUGAGCGCUUCCUGAAGCUGGCACCCAGCUUCCAGUCCCCGCCUCACCUGGAGUCUCCCAAGUACUGUGUCAUCGCGGAUCUGUUUGUGGACGACUACAUUGUCAAAAGGAUCAAUGGGAAGAUGUGCUACGUGCAGCGGCCCCUGCCUCCCUUACCGGAACCGCCUCGACCUCCCUCCCCUCAGCCGCCCGCUCCAGCUACACCUCAAAUGCCUCCUAAUCCCAGUCCGCCAGAGCAGCCGGUGAGCCCGAAGCGGCAGGCUCCUGCCCCGCCGGUCCCUCAGCCGUACAGCGAACAGAAACACCUCUCCACUGUCGAGAAACUAAAAGGCCCCAAAAUGGACCACUGCUCGUCCCCGUCCAGCUCAGAGGACUCCGGUAUCAACGCACUGGGCCUCCACUACCUGGAGUCUUGCGAGGAUGGAAGUGAGGAUGAGGAGGACGAGUUGAGCACAGAUGGAAACUCAAGCCCCGGUAGCCUCUGGGAGCAGGACGACUGUUCUCUUCUCUCCCCCUCCAAAUCAAUGAUAGAGAUCAUCGAAAAGAUUGAAACAACUGUCUAACUGACAUACAGAAACCACUUAUGAGGAGGACCAACGGAGCAGUGUCCAACAGAGAUCAGCACUCCAGGAUUUCAUUUUCCAUGGACUCACGGGGAGCAAACCUCAAUCUAGUGGUUCUGUGGGGUAUUUGCAAGGUAGCUUCAGGCUGAAUUUCUUCUCCUGCAUGUGGCUGAAGACUAUACAGCCACAAAUUUCACAGAGCCUCUUUUCUGCUCAAUCCCCCUGCAUGGAGUUAAUUUCUGACACUUAUUGGAAUCAAGGAGGAAGCACAAAAAUCUCAAGGAUGUGAGCAGUGGACAGAAAUUCAAGAGUAGCGUAGAAACACAUCAAAACAGACACAAAAGAUAUAAACAAUAGACUUUUUGUGAUUUUCUUGUGCAGGUAAGUUACAGGAGCUACAUUAUGUAGGAACAAAUUUGUUCUCUGACGACAAUGAACAGUGAGGUAACGCUUGGUGUUCUCCAAUUGUCAGUCUUCAGUCUCAUUCAACGUCCAUGUCAUCUCUUAUUCACUGGGAAGCGACUCCACCCACACACACAUUACUAAUUCUGACAAUUUAGCGUAAUGAUUGCGAGGCCGGCUACCUCUCAUGGGCCUCGAGCACAUCAACCUUUUAACUCGUUAAAGACUCGCCUCCGAGCUGCCCAGACGCCGCCUGCUUCUGUUGCAUUAGGGGGAAAAAAAAAAGCUUUCAGAGGCCACAAUUCAUCCGCACUUUACCGACGCCAUCACAGGUGGCAGGUAGGUCGGUAUCUGACAAUCAAGAAUUACACAGAAGCACAUUGCUACACGGUAGCUGCCACUAAAGACCACUUCUAUGACUAAUUACCACACAUUACUAUGUUCUUCUGACCACCUUUGUUUGAUCAAACUUAUCUAAACUGUAGAUCACAGGUCAGAUUUUUAGAAGUGGGGUUCUGUGGAGAGUGUUUGAGUCGUCGGUGUGCUACAAUUACCAGCAGGUGGGUAACAAUAAAUACAGCCCACUAAAGAAAACAAUAUAAUUAUAAGGUUCAUGAGAACAAGACAAGAAGAGAUUUUAACUGGAUUUUGUUGAAAUAAGGAAUAACCUAUAUUUCUGAUUUCACAUAUAAUGUAAAGGUUUUAAAAAACACAAAGAAUCUUAUCAGUAUGGAAUAUUUGACUCCAGUUUAUUCUGGUUCAUGGUUUCCAUACAUGUCUAAAUCUAAAGGGGUCCUAAUUCACGUAGAAACAUUUAAAAUGUGAUAUAUUGUACACAAGCAGAGUUAAGGUUUUCUAUGUUUCAGACUGUGCUUUUUAGAAUCUCUACAGUGUAAAACUACCCAUUUCAAGCUUGAUCAAUCUACGCAUUUAACAUUUUUGAAUUAACAUACAGCAGUACAGAAUACGAUACAUAAAAUACAUAUAAUAAAAUAUAAAAUAAUAAAAUAUAGGAACAGAAAUUAUGAAAGACUCCAGAGUCAUUUAAAAAACCUAAUUUUUUCCUUUACUUUAGCAUCGACAGGAAGCUGUAAAGCGGACAGUAAUGUUUGCGUCGCUAUUAACUGUUAGCCAUGCAUAUAUUCCCAUAAUGCUUACAAACUGUUCAUGAUUUAUCUGUCACUCUUUAAAAUUUUCUGCUGUGUACAAAAAAAUCCUGCUAGUUAAGAGAUUUAAAAGUGGUGGAGGCUUUUCAGUGCUUUUCUCAGUGAGUGUGGUUUACCAACCAGACAGCAUCUGCAUUAGCUAACUUUGUCAACAGAACAGGGCAACGACUCAAUAACUGCUUCCUCUCAUACUUCAAAACAAGUCCUAAGUAUAUAAAUGGAACAGCGUGCUAGGAUUAAAUGCUCACCACUUCAUCGGGUGCUGAGAAUAAUAGCUUACAUUUAUUUUUGACAAAUAGUCAUAUGCUGUCAGCAGCUGGAUAGCUGGAUUUACAACACAGGCUUGGAUUUGACGAGAAAUAUUGUGACAUUUUAUUAUCUUGAGAUCUGGCGCCAGAAGAUCUUAUUACACCACUGCUAAACAGAGGUAGAUUUCUGUUUUUAGAUGUCAGAACCUCACUUUGGUUUGGGCCCUAAACGGAUGCGUGGAAAGCCAAUUAGAAAUAUCUAAGUAUGUAGUUUUUAAAAACUUGUACUGUUUGUAUUGUUUUCCAUCUGUUAUGCAGUUUAAUAUAUUUUUUUAGAUGAGAAAUGGUACCAUAAUGAUCGUAGUUUUCUUUUAAUAAAUUAAGUAUAGAGUAGUGGAUUAAUGCCACCCUCCCAACCAUGGCUGUGCACUGCUAUUCAGCUGGCUGCCUUUUUUCCCUCUCACAAGCUUUUAGCAGUAUGUAUGUUAAUUCUGGCUAAUAAACCAAGUAAUAGAAGACUGCUAUUCUUAUAAAUCACAACCACAAUAUUUCAACUGAAGUAAUCAAUCUAUCCAUUCAUCCAUCCAUUUUCUAUACCCACUUAUCCAUUUAGGGUUUUUUGGGAGGUUGGUGUCUUUCUCCAGCAGUCACGAUAUAAAUAAAGGUAAAUAAUGGUAUUUAGGUAAGUAUAAUUUUUAUCGGCUUUAUUUAUUCCAAAUACCAUUUUUGCUCCAGGGUAUUGUACCAUGAGAGUGUGUGCAGAGAACUAAUUUCUGUUCCUGCAAACUGUGCUAGCUCAGGUAGCUAACUACUGCAAGCAGAAUACUGACUGCUCUUAAGAACUCCACAGAACCCCAGUUCAAAUGAUUUGAACCAUCCUAUUAAAAUAGACUCAUAUACAGAUCUUUAUAAAGAGCCAGAUAUUGAAAUUGCUUCAACAUAUCUCUGGCACAGCACACAUAGGAGAAUGCUAAAGACUAUUAAGAUACAUGAUAUUGGCUCAAUUUGUCUAAUGUAUUCUUUUAAAUCAAUAUUAUAACACGACUGCAUAUUCAUUGGCUUUUGGUGCUAUCAAUGCAUCUUUUAUGAUGAAUCGAAGGAGUAGGCAGGGAAAGAAGUAGAUUAGAAUAGUUUGUCACAGUUAGUUUGUACUAUUGGACUGAAAUAAUCACUUAUUGCACCUUUAGAGGGAUAUUACAAUGUGAGAUGGGAUGUUGCAUAGGUGUUGUGAUGUGGUUGAUAUAACAAGACGUGAGCCAGCCCUUUUAUUAGUUGGUUACAUUAAGCGGGCUGGAAUUUUUUUUCCAUUUCUCUCUUCCUUUUCCUUUUGUUUUUACAGUUCAUUUGUCAAAAGCUGUCAGCAAAAAUUACCAAAAUCUUCACAAGUGUUGCUGAAUUUCCUUAAGCACAGAAAGCAGAAGUCAUUUUGCAUGACUGCAUUUGUUCUAGCAAAUAUAUAAUAUAUCUAUAUAUAGUUUAACAAAUUUUGUGAUUCUGUGUGAAAAAGAUAAGACGACUCCUAAAUCAGGGUGACAUUUUGUGGAGCAGAAUCCUUAUUAAUGCAGUUCAAAAUGUAUGUUAUGUUCUUAUUAUUGUUAUAUUAUUUUCAUAUGAAUAAAUCUUAUGAAACUGAGUGUUUUUUCCC